UGUGAUCUCCUCAGGUGGCUCGAUGCUCAUCUCAGCAGGCUGCACGUUCCUCCUGUUUCUGAGCUUCAGCCAAUCAGCCAUCAUCGCCAUGCAGUGUCUGUUCUGUGGCGUCAGUGUUGCUGCAUGGAAUGGCAUCGAGGUUGUGACCGUGGAGUUGUACCCUACUUCUAAAAGGGCCACAGCAUUUGGCGUGCUGAACGCUCUGUGUAAGCUGGCGGCAGUACUCGGCAGCUCCAUCUUUGCCAGCUUUGUGGGCAUCACCAAAGUUGUCCCCAUCCUGCUGUCCUUCACUGCGCUAGUGUGUGGUGGCCUGGUGGCCCUCAAACUACCCGACACGCGAGAGAGAAUCCUUCAGUGAAGUCAGAUGAGACCCAGGGGGUGGGAGUCAAAAGGGGAGGUAGAGACAAAAACAUACGUGCUUAAUGUUAGAAGCUUUUCUUAUUGGAAUUGACUUCACUCUGCAUUUAAAAUAAAGCAGGAAUAGCUUAAACAUAUUAAAUGCAAAUGUCAAUCUCUAAUUGUAUCACUACUUACUAUCUCAGUUUGUACAGAGGGUAGGUGACCUUUUCACUAAAGGCAAUGAUGGGUUAGGUGUACACAAGUGUCAUUGUUUGAAUGGAAACUGAGAAAAAAUAUUUGUUUCUUAGUUUAUUUCUUAAUUUCAUUUCAAGAAAAUAUUCAUGCAACUGGCAACCUCAGCAUGACCUGAAAGUUCAGUUCCCGAGUACAACCCCAUUCUUGACUCCCAUGAUAAUUGGUGGGUGGCCUGUGGUUGCUUUUGCCUUACCAUAUCACUACCAGUUUUUAACAUCUCAUUGCAUCAAACUAAUAAAGAGGCUUAUUAGCAAUGAAUACUGCAGCGGAGUAAAUUUAAGUCAACAACUAUAUAUUUUUAUGGAAAUGCAAAUGUUCCUCUAUUGUGCUGUAUGUUUUGCACGAGUAGUAUAACCUCUUCAGUCUGAUACUAAUAUCGUCCUGCCAUUAGUUCAGGAAAAAACACAUCCUCAGUUGGCUUUACCUACGCAGAAAACGUGCACAUUUACUUUUCUAUCUCCGUCUGACCUGGAGUUUUGGAUGAGUGUAUUUUCUGGACUAGCAAUGUUUGACAAGGCCCUGUUAGAAAUCAUUUGGUCUGUUGAAUGUGUUAAUGUUACUGUUUUUCAUUCUCCUCUUCAAUCAACUUACAGUUGUUUUUUUACUUUCUCAUUUGUUUUGUUUUUGUUAUGGACCUACUACACUUUUAUUUGAGUUAUUGCACCAUCUUGUGGAAAAAAACAGAAAACCACAUUUCAUUUGGUCUUCCUAGUUUGCUGGCACAAUAGAAGUCCUGCUGUAUGGGUGCCAUGUCAUUUCUCCGACUCUCCAUUGUUCCGACCUCUCAAUAACCUGAAAAAUUCCCUUUGGUCCUACAGCCCACUAGUCAGACGUCCCAUUGUUUUGAAAAAAUGAACCUCUGCUCCGACAUCCCAUUGUUCCAAACAUUUAGACUUUUGUGGAUCACCUCCCAUAAUCUAAAAUCUGAAUCAUCUGUAACAAG